UGGAAAAUCCCUCCCAUGUUCAUGUGACCCCAAAUCCAUCCAUCCAUCCAACUUUCUUCACAUUAUGACAGCACACUGAGAAAUUGUCCCACCUUCAAAACUGGCUUAUGUGUGCUUAUCCUUGUUGAAUCCAUAUUUUGGACUAUAUCAUCAUUAUCAUUUCUUCUUCUCUAACAAAAAACCAACAGUUUGUCGUUGUCCCCAGAUGGGACAAAAUACAGGUAGAAAGAUAGUCGCGAAAUGGAGUCACCAGGUCGAAAAGUAGCUGAAAUAUGUAUUUUCUAUGAUAUUGAAUGACCCAGUUUCAUCCUGACUGGUUAUGCUGUCUUGUCUCGUAGAUAAAGAAAAGUAGAAUCGAAUACCAAGAAAAUACGUAGUUUGAGAGUGUGUUGUUUCCUUUUGAGAAAGGAAACGGAUUGGAUUAGAUUGAAUGCAUUGAUUUAAGAAAGUUGCGAACACCGGGUAAAAGAAAGAUGGAUGGAUUUGACCUACUCUUCGUUACCUACGCACCAGUUUGUAUUAAUGAAUGAUUCCUUGUGUCAUGCGGAAAUGCGAAUUUAUUUUAUCCAGCCAAGAAGAGGACAGGAAUCAGACCAACAUAACACUUCACAAGUUGCAGGAAAUAGGGACGCUUCCUCCAGGUGAGAGGCCCAAUAAAUGUCGAUUACUAGCCAUUUGGGAUUCCAAAUUAGAUAUAUUACUUCCCGAAUCUGUACCUAAUUUUGGUCCAUUGCUACUUUCAUCAGUACAUAUACUAAAUCUUUUGAAAAUGCUGGAAUUCGACGGGCAUCCAGUCUCCGUUGCAGUACGGAUCCGCCCACCACCCCAAAUUCAGUCGAAAAAAGUAACAAACUCCUUCAUCCAAGUUGAGGAUCCCACCACGAUUUCAAUCACUAAUCCUGACGAUUCUUCAGAAAUUCGAGUAUUUGGCUUUACCCAUUGCUACUGGUCGUUUGAUGGUUACGCCGAAUUACAAGAUGGACAUUUUAUCCCCGACUUGAAACAUGAGAAUGGGUCACGAUACGCGGAUCAGAUAAAAAUAUUCGACCAUUUUGGGAAAGAAAUGGUACAAAAUGCAUGGCUCGGUUACAACAGCAGUUUCCUCUCCAUAGGAGAAAGUGGAUCUGGAAAAUCAUGGACUUUGUUUGGAACGGGGACAAAUAAAGGAAUCAUCCCGUUAUUCGGUGCCGAACUAUUUAAGACGAUCAAAGACAAAGAGAAAGGUUCAUCAUCACCAAUUGGACAUAUUAGUUCCGAAGUAAAGCUGAGCAUGAUGGAAAUCAGAGAAAACAAAGUUAGAGAUUUACUCGCCGGGGGUAAUAAUACGAAGUACAAGAGCGUCGUGAAAAUUAGGGAGCAUCCGAAACGAGGGUUUUAUGUUGAAGGACUCCGAUCUGUAAUCGUUUCAAGUGCUGACGAAAUUCAACUUCGUCUCGAUGAAGGUCACCUGGCUCGGGCAGUUUCCUCCACCUCGUUCAACCUAAAUUGCACCAGAUCCAAGACCACGGUGAUCGUGGAGAUGUCCAUAGUUCAAAAAUAUAGGAAUGCUAAAGGAGAUGAAGUAGCAAUGUCGGCACUUGUCGGGUUUUAUGAUCUUCCAGUGAGUGGUGUCAGAAAUUGUGAUAAUGGACCCACCGUCAAAUUCAGCACCAAUAAGUCCUCAUCUAAUCAUGGACAAAGAAUGACCAACCCAGCAAUGACUCAAGGGCCCUCGUCCAACACUACCACGACCAUUCCUCCCCCACUUAAAAGUUUCGAUGACCACUUCACAAAACUGGUUUCCGCCCUUGGAAAUAAUUCAAGCAUUUCGUACACAAAUUCCACCGUGACGAAGCUACUCGAACGGGCUUUGUCAGGCAAUAGCAAGACUUACGUGCUUUCACACUGCAUUCCGACCGAAAAUAGUUACGAGACAUCAUUAUCUUCUCUAAUAUUGGCCGACAAACUCCAAAGGUUAACAACCCACCCGUUAAUCAACGAAGAGAUGACCAACAAAUUGAUAAGAGAACUUAAAUUGGAGAAUGACAACUUGAAGAAGAUGCUGACAAACGGAGAUUUAGAGAAGAAUGAGUUUUUUUCAUGGCAUGACAAACUCAACUGGUUGAAGACGCAGGAUUCUGAAGAGUUUCGGCGACAGUUGAUUGACGAUGUCAAAUCUCAGACAAAAGACAACGAAAGGGAAAUUAAAAUACUGCAUCAAUCUUUGGAAGAGAGGCUAAAAUUGGCUAAAUUAGAUAAACCCAGCGACAACUCACAAAACAUCAAGAAACUCGAAACUGAAAAGAAACACAAAUCCUUCAUUUUCAAUUUAAAUCCUGACUGUCAACUUUCCUCCAGGAUUUUCCAUUUCAUUUCGGCAGGAUCGACAGAUUUUGGAUCUGCAAAGGGAAAAGAUGGCACAAUCCAUGUCCAGGGUCCAGGAAUUCGUGAAACUCAUGGAACUUUUACCUACACUGCAAAAGAGAACAAAAUGACGAUCAAACCCACCGGACCUGACUGUCUCAUUAAAGUGAACGGAAAACAAAUACUUUACGAGUCUCCUUUGUUCCACAAUGACAGAAUCGUUUUUGGAGGCUGCCAAAUUUGGCUGUUUCAAAACCCCAGAGAGCCCUGGGCGGAAAAAGGGUUGUCGUCUCCACUCUCGAGCAAGAUAACGUAUCAAUUCGCGGAGGAAGAGAUCACGUCAAAGUCGUCGUUUUUCAACUAUUUGUCUCACCAAAAUGGAUCCGUCCUUGUCUCACCCAAACUCAAGGCAAGCAUUCGCACAGUUCUUCCCCUCGUUGACGACGCCAACGCCAUGUGCGACGACUUGGAGAGAGGCGUUCGUUUUGAUCCUAUUGUUCUUCACGACAUUCGUCAAGUGUUACUUUCCUCGGGAGCUCAAGAUCUCGACAGACUUUCCAAUUCUGAUAAGAAUUGUGGCGAACAGAGAGAAUUUGCCGUCCAAUUAAGCCUGUACAAAGAGGAUAUUUCCUUUGUUUUGUCAACCAAUGAAUUUUUAGAGAAAUAUGAGAAAAUUAAGGAUUCCUUCAUACAAAAUCAGGAGGAUGGAAUUGUCAGUGCGGCGAUUGGAAGUGUGAAUUCGCCAUCAUCAUCCUUCGCCCAUAAUGACACGACCUUACUUGACCUUGUCAACACGGAAGUUACAAUAGGUCAUGGUCUCCUGUCCUUAAAGCCAUUAGCGUACCUGAUUCAAUUUCAAGAUGAAAUUGAAAUUCUCGACUAUUUGACUCUGAAGACUAUUGGUUCAAUUAAGGUUGAAGUCGUUCCGUGUAACGAGUAUUUCGAAGAAUUGAAAAAUGUUCACUCAUUUCUCAUUGAUUCUUCCGACCUUCUUGCAAAACCUUUGCAUUUUAUACUAAAAAUUGGGACUGCGGAAUCACUAUCUUCCAAAUUCAGGGACAUUACGUCCAAAUACAAAGUUCAUACCGAACCAGUCACAUCAACCGGAAAACUGGACUUGAAACCGUCCUAUUCAUCAUCAAAUUCUCAGUAUAUUUACGAACGGAGAUUUUCAAUCGAGCACGUCACUCCAAAGUUAAUAGAAAGCUUGGAGAGGGACUUGGUCAUUUUUACCUUUUAUGGGAGACAACGGCCCAAGAAGAUGCGAAACCAGUUUAAAUCUGAAUACAACGAUCGCAAUUACACAAAUUCUCAGAGUCAUCCAGAACCAGUGACAAUAGCAACGAACCCAUAUCUCGGAUUGGUACAGAAGCAGAGGGCUGAGCUCGUUGUUUUUGGAAGUAGAGGGGCAAGAAUACAGCAAAAACUGGGAAUGUUGCAAAGUAUGCUCGAAUUGUCGGAUAACUUAUCCCAAGAUGCAAUUCCUGUUGAUUACAUUAAGAAAAUUUGCAAUGCUAAGGACAAAGAUGUGGCGUCCGAGUGUGUGUCAGCAUUUAAAGAGGAGUUCACACCACCACCGGAAAUAGAGCCGGUAAAGAAGUUAACGACUUACCAAAAGAUAAGCGAAGUUUGUGCGAUAGUGUAAAUAUAUUUACUAAUGGAAUAUAAAUACAUAAAUAAAUACUAUGUAUUUUAUAUAAUUUA